UUUGACAAUUUGACAAGCAUCUUUCUUUUGUAAACAUUGAGAACCAUUUAAUUGAUUUCUGGAAAUGUAAACCUGAGAAGAAUGUAGCAUAAAAGUGUAGGAAUUGUAAUUUUGCUAUAUUUGGGCUUUGAAUUAUUUGUGUAUAACGGCUAACUGUGUAAUUCUCGUAGCCUAUUUCGAAUUCAGUGAAAAUGUUCUCAAAGUACAUCACCGACAUUUAUCUACAAUAAUACGCAAUUGACUACAGUAAUAUUAAAAUAUGUAUCCGACUAUGGAAAAUUUCUUAAUGCAAUCGAGGCAGAAGUUGUACAGGGGCGAAGAGUUUGAAGACGAGUUGAAUGAUUUGUUUAAUAAAAAGUUUAAAUUCCGCUUUAACAGUGAGUGGACAUUGCCGCCUGGCGAUACUUGGUUUACUGAUGCACCUUGGAAAGUAAAGGGUUUGGAAUAUUUGAAAAGUCGUUUAAACUUCCAUAAGAGUCAACUGAACGACUUUAGCAUUGAGGAAUGGAGUAGUCACACUCGGCGACGCAAUCCUGCCGGCGAGGUUUGCUGGAAGCUUAGAUGCCUGGUGAACCCCGAAUUUCUCACGCAGGCCUGGACUAAGUUCUAUGAGUGUGCUUCAACAUACAACAUUGUGCCACCAGAGGCUAUUUCGGACAUGAAAAUGGUGUCAUUACAUCUCUGUGAAGCUCCCGGUGCAUUUAUUACAUCAUUAAACCAUUAUUUAAAGCUACAUCACCAGGCUAUUGAUUGGAAAUGGGUAGCAAAUACUCUGAAUCCAUAUUAUGAAGGCAACUCAUCAUCAAACAUGAUCAGUGAUGAUCGCUUCAUGUUCCACACUUUAGACAAUUGGGACUUUGGUGUUGACAACACUGGCAAUCUGAUGCAUUGGGAAAAUUCACAAGCUAUUAUCAAGAAAGCCAAGUCCUUAGGCAAGGUGCUGCUAGUAACUGCCGAUGGAUCAAUUGAUUGUCUCCAGAAACCUGAUGCCCAAGAAGAAGUUACUUCACCGCUCCAUUACUGUGAAAUUAUAACAGCACUACAAGCAUUAAGCCCAGGUGGAACAUUAAUCUUCAAAUUGUUUACUAUUUUCGAACAUUCCACAGUGAACCUUUUGUAUCUACUUAAUCAGUUGUUCAAAGAAGUAAACAUUUAUAAGCCAAUAACAUCCCGUCAAGGGAAUUCUGAGGUGUAUGCUAUCUGCAUGCAAUACAAAGGUUUAGAUCUGAAACCUUACAUACCAAUAUUACAGAGUGCAUUUGGAACAGAACUCUAUUCAAAUAAAUCAUUGUUCCCACUUGAGAAAAUACCUGAAUCAUUUCUAAAGCAAAUUGAAGAAUGCGCAUAUUACUUCUGCUCGAUUCAAUGUCAUGUUAUAAACAAUAACCUCCAAGCAUAUCUCAUGCAAAAGAACAUAGCUCUACACAGGGAUAUGAAAAAGAUCAGGGCCAUUGUAGCUUCUGAGUUUAUUUGGAAAUACAAUCUCAAACCGAUUAGUAACAAUCAGGAACUUUUAAAAGGCACACUACAUGAAGAAAAUAAAAUAAACACAAAUCCACGAUACCAUAGAGGCUCGUAUACCGAACGACAACUGUACACAAAGAUGUCAUUAAAAGAAAAACAUAAAAAUUUGAAUAUGUUCCUUCAAGCUGAACUUCUAUCCAACCCAAUGAUACAUAUCACAGAACCAGUUAAAUGGAUGACUGGAGCGGAGUCCUCAAAGAUAGAUGUCGUUUUCACAUAUGGAAAACCUUUGCUAAAAGUAAACAGUUCAAAGUUCAUAUUUGUCCCUAUCUACAAACUUUACCAACAGAUUCUAGCUGAGGAGGAAUUCAAAGAGAUCAUUCUCUACAGACCCGCUAAACCAAAAAUUGAUCCUAGUCUAUUAGGACCUGAACCAUCUAAAAUUAUUACACUACCCGAGUUCCAAUACAGGGAGAGUUACAAUGUUUAUGAGAAGAAUUGUUUUAAGACAUUACUGAAUGGAAUGCGGGAGUUACUGGAUGGUGAAUCAAUUUUAUUGCAGAAUUUCAACACAUUGACACAUUUCAAUGUUAGUAUUGUCUAUAUUCUCUCAAAGGCGUGUUUUGAAAAGACAGGACUCACUUCUUGCGGAAAUAUCAUUCUUAGCAAGUUGAUUAACAAAAAUUGUUUAAAGUACAUGGAAUAUAUUGACGAUGAAUGCAACAAUAUUCGUAAGGAUGAAAAGAAGGAUGUGUUGAAUUGCCUCCCGGUUCAGGUGACCAACUCCGAAGAUUUCUUCAGUAACAUAGUCUUCUACAACAAUACUUUCUAUAGAAAUAAAUGCAUCGAAUACUUGGAAAAGAUUAAACAAUCUUUAUAAAUGUAUAAAUAUUUCUUAUAUUGUGUAUUCAAUGUGUAGAGAGUAUUUUUUUAAUUGCUUUUAUUCUUGUAAUAAAACCUGUUAUUGUCUUCUAACAAUGUGUAUUAAAGACUUUCUGAAUGUUU